AAGAGAAACCAAAAUGAUAUUAUUAUUUCCUUUCUUCUCUUCACCAUAUUUCCUCUGUUGCUCUCUCUCCAAUGGAAACUUUACUCUCCUCUCACUCUAUAUCCCCUCUCUUCAACCCAAAACCUUCCCCUCCAAAACCCCACUUGCCACCUUCAAUCCAACUCCGACCCAACUCACUCACUCUCUCUAAAACCAUAAAUUGCACCCUAAAGAACCAAUCUUUUAAACCAGUAUCCAAAAACUGGUUAACUCAUGCUCAGCAAGGCUUGGCAGCAGUAGCCCUCUCAUUAGCUCUUAAUUUUAGCCCUGUUUUAUUCAAUGGAAAUGCUUUAGCUUCUGAAUUUGAUGUCAUUAAUGAAGGCCCACCAAAGGAUUCUUACAUUGUUGAUGAUGCCAAUGUUCUUAGUAGAGUCACUAAGACUGAUCUUAAGCAGCUUUUGUCUGAUUUGGAAGCUAGAAAGAAUUUCAAGAUCAAUUUUAUCACUGUUAGAAAGCUUACUAGUAAAGCUGAUGCUUUUGAGUAUGCAGACCAAGUGCUUGAGAAAUGGUAUCCAUCAGUUGAAGAGGGUAACAAUAAGGGAAUUGUUGUGCUUAUAACUAGCCAAAAGGAAGGAGCUGUGACUGGGGGGCCUGCAUUUAUUGAAGCAGUUGGAGAAAAGGUUCUUGAUGCAACUGUUUCUGAGAAUCUUCCUGUAUUGGCUACUGAAGAGAAAUACAAUGAAGCAGUGGUUACCAGUGCCAAAAGGCUGCUAGCUGCCAUUGAUGGACUUCCAGAUCCUGGAGGUCCCAAGUUGAAUGACAGUAAGCGAGAAUCCAACUUCAAAACUAAGGAAGAGACGGAAGAGAAGAGAGGACAAUUCACUUUGGUGGUUGGUGGCCUAUUGGUAAUUGCUUUUGUUGUUCCCAUGGCACAGUACUAUGCAUAUGUCUCCAAGAAAUAGGUAAUAACUAUCGUUAAGACUUGCCUCUCGACUUGGUGACGUAUAUUUGUACAAAUGUUAAUAUUGAGCUCGUUGAUAAGAACUAUGUUGCACGGAAACCUGUAGAAAUUUCGAUUUCGGCGUUUUAUUUCUAUUUUCUAAAAAUGCUUGCGAUUUUGCGGUAUUCUGUUUCAAGAUUUUCCAUUUCAGCAUUUUCAUUUCCGUGCAAUAUAGAUCAGAGCCUUGGCAUAUCAGAGGAUUAGGACAGAAAUUGGCUUGGGUUUAUGGAAUUUGUAUUGGAACAAUAAUUUAUCUAAUGGUUGUGAAAUUAUUGUUUUGAUUUUA